AUGGAUGAAGAUGCACUCCGGUUCAUUGAGACGCGUCAAACGACUCUACGCGAAGCAUAUGACCGGUACAACGUUGACUUUCCGCCUCUACAACUAGAGUGGAGCCACGAUCCAUCUUCUGAACACGCGAACCGCGCAAAGAAGUCGGAUAUCCCGCAAGGGAUAUGGGCGUGGCGAAAAUGGGACAGUAGAGAUGUCAGCACUCUCGUUCGGAGAUGCCUUCAAGAAAAUGAUGAGCUGUACCAAGGCUUGAACUCCCCUUCUUCGCGCGAGCGAUUGGAGGCAUCGGUAAAAUGUGGAUCAAAAAGCCGGUUCAACGUGACAACCGCGUUGGAGAAUUUACAGGACGUGCUGGUGUUUAGGAUUCUCAACAGGGAUCAUAUUACAUGGAUUCCCAAUGUCGAACACGCAAAUGCCGAUUCACAUUCUGGCAAGGAGUACGAGUCAAGAGGUCCCGCCCAAUCUCCUCGUUCAUCGCCUGUUGUAACCAGGAGACGGGAUACUUCCUCCAAAUCACUCCGGAAGAUCAAGGAGGGUCUUAUCCGGAUGUAUCCUGCAUCGACCAUGGAUCCAAAUAGACGGCCAGUGCUCGUCGUCUCCCUCUCACAUCUAGAAGGUGCCUCCUCGCGUAGUCAGCCCCAUCCAAAGGUACAAGUCAUGGCUGCAUUGGAGCAACUGCGUCUUUACCUGGUAGAGCGAGCGGGUCAAGACGAUGUCGAUCCCCUACAACUCAUUCUAAUCCUCAAUCUGGCUGGUGGCCGUAUUACUUCAACUGCUUGGGAAAUGGUCAGAUGGCUCGCUCGCGACGCUGUCGAGUAUUUCCAUGGCUUAAUAUCCGCCGUCUUUGUCGUCAAUUACUCGUGGGAGUUUGGUGCGGCAUGGUCAUUCAUAAAACGUGCAUUACCUGCGUCGGCCAAAGCUCGUGUCAUGUUUCCGACGCAAGACGAUCUCUUGGAUUAUCUCGGGAGUGAUAGUCUUCCGCCAUCUUUAGGCGGCACUCAACGAGAAUCUAUUUUAUAUCCUCCCGUUAAAUUUCCCUCCGAGGAUGAACUUGAAGGUUCAUCUAUUGCCCCAGAAAGCCAUCCCCCCAAGCCAGCAUACGCAAAGCCUAUACGUCCGACACUCGCUACGAUCAGGCUGCAUCGCACCUCGUCAGAGAAUCCCUACUUUGGGUACCCGACGAUUCGACAGGACGGUUUCACUAGCGCAGGACGUCCAAUUUAUUCAACCAGAAGGCGGAAACGCGAUCUCGUUCGCACUCUCAUCUGGUUGCUUUGGUCAAGGAUCAAGGCAGAUUCGCAUCUUCUUAUCAAUACCAUUUGGUAUCACAGAUGGACCUCGACCUUGGUGUUCCUCGGUGUCCUCCUGAUCAUUCUCCGGCGUCGCUCUCCCGCUGUUUUGACACGCUUUCUCAAAACUAUGAGGAUAUCUAUUGCAUAA